UUUGAUUUGUAUGUCAACCCUGAGCGCUUGUAAUCAGCUGUUUUUUGUUGUUGCCAGCUUUGCAAGAUCCGCCUAUUUAAAAUUGAUUUACAAUGGAAAUUCUAAAUGAAAACGUGCACAAAUCAGUUAAAAAACAGAGUAUUUCAACGGGGGGUAAACUCCUGAUAGGCCUUACUGGUGGUAUAGGAAUUGGACUGUCCAUUGUGUGUGCCUCAUUUGUGGCGCCCGCUUUUCGCAAGUUCUGUUUGCCCUUUGUGCCAGCGACAACGGAACAAAUACAAAAUGUUUUACGUUUCCUACCUAGGAAUGCCAAUGGCAAGCUGCUGGAUAUUGGCUCAGGAGAUGGACGCAUCGUUGUGGCUGCGGCUCAACAUGCCCAAGGAUUGAAAGCAGAUGGCGUGGAGUUAAAUCCAUGGUUGAUCUACUAUUCCCGGUUGGCUGCAAUUCGUCAUGGUGUUGGCCAGCAAACUAGCUUCUUUCGCCGCGAUCUGUGGAAGUUCAACAUCAAAGAUUACAACUAUGUGAUAAUCUUUGGAGUGGAGCAAAUGAUGCAGGAUCUAGAACACAAAUUGAUUUCAGAAUGUCCACACAAUGCGAAGAUUAUAGCGUGUCGUUUUCCACUUCCACAGCUGCAGCCGACUCGUGUCAUCGAGGAGGGGGUCAACACGGUUUGGUUCUACGACCUUAACAAGCAGAAUAAACUAAGUUGAUUUUAUUUGUUUAUUUU